AUGAAAGUCUCAAGUUUCCUGUUGUCUCUCCUUCCUCUGACGGCGGCUGCAACGAGUAUCCCACAACCUCGGGCAGUUUCUGCUCCUGAGCCAGCUACCUCCGCCGAAUGCUGCCCCUUCACCUAUAAGCCAACAUGUACUAAGAAUCUCGAACGUGUAUUUCACAUCAAACUCUUCUACAACCGAAAGGAGGGCAUCACCCCUGAACAGUUCAACGCGUACUGGGCCAACAACCAUACCAAGACUGCCGGAGACUUUCACUUGCGAUUUGGGGUUUACAAGUACUCACAGUACCACUCUACCCCUGAGCUUCGAGACCUUCUUCGCGUCCCUGGCGCAGCUCCCGUGCUCGAGUUCGAUGGCGCUGCGGAAUUUUGGGUGCCGACUAUGGAGACCUUCCAGGCUAUGGGAUCCGACCCAUUCUAUAGAGAUGUGAUUACGCCUGACGAAAACAAUUUCAUUGAUCAUUCUUCUAUGAGGAUGAUUGUUGGUUUUGAUUAUAUCAUGGUAGAUAACCAGAACGCUGUCACGGAGCAUGGUCGAACCUUUCAAUAG